GCGCGCCUAAGGUGCAGAUCGUCUUAUUAGGGGCCUCGACUCGGAAAGCCGAGAGUACUUAAUUCUUCAACGUUACAAUCGUGACUGGAUUUUUUGACUUGGCGGCAAAAGUCAGACACUGUUCGGCGCGGUCGUUGGUCCCCCACUAUCGACCUUAUCCAGGGAAUUUUUUUUUCAAGCGGCCAACGUCCAUCACAAACUGAGCGAGCAGCAACGAACUUGCACAUAUAUCACAAUGGCAGAGUCUGAGAUUGAGAAACAUCUCUCUGAGCGUUCUGCCUUGCUCGAACAAGAAAAGACCAGCAGACAUGACUACGCCUUCCAGCAGAAGAUGCCGCCGGUCGCAAAGACUGCCGCGACAAUAAUAUCGAAUAUCCGCAAAACGGAGAUGGAGACGUUCUGGACGAAACCCGUAUCUACAACCAGACACCAAGAUCUGAAGGAGGCCAUGUUCCCAGGCAUGUCGUUUGCCCUGUCCCGAGACCGAAUGACAAAAACCUCGCUCUGGAAGAUCAUUUCUGCGAUGCCAAAGGGCUGUCUCUUGCACGCGCAUAUGGAGGCAAUGAUUGAUAUCGACUGGCUCAUUGACCAGGCGCUGGAGUUGCCUGGGUUCUUCAUCUCGAGUCCAGGGGCUUUGGCGCCGGGGGAGUGUACCAAGUGGUUGGAGCCGUUCAAUUUCCAUUAUCGACCCGGUACUUCUCAAGACAAGGCUGCCGGUGUGAAUAUCUGGGAGGCGGGUUAUUCUCCUAACCAGUUCGUGCCGGUCAUCGACGCGGCCAGGACUUACCCAGGUGGAGUUGCGGCUUUUAAGGCGUGGGCUAUCUCUAGGAUGACCAUUAACGAGGAAGAGGCUCUAGAGCAUCACCAUGGGAUCGCGGAUAUCUGGAAGAAGUUCCAGUCAUGCUUCGGCUCUAUCGCUGGUUUGUUCUUCACCGAACCGAUCUUCCGGCGCUGUAUCCCUAGGCUUCUCCAGCAGCUGCAUGAGGAUGGCAUCAGAUACGUCGAACUACGUCUGGCUCUGUCCUUAGGGCAACCCUUCUACAGAGACGGUUCAGCUACGCCUGAAACGGAUUUUGACUAUUUCUUACAGUGCUUCCAGGAGGAAGUAAAUACAUACAUGUCCUCCCGUCAAGGCGCCGGGUUCUGGGGCGCCAGAUUGAUCUGGACUGCUAUACGCGCGUUUGACGACGAAUCCAUUAAGGACUCGAUGACACAGUGUAUGAACUUGAAAGAGGCAUACCCCUCUGUUAUAGCAGGCUUCGACUUUGUCGGGCAAGAAGACAUGGGUCGACCACUCAUCGAUCUUCUCCCGCUCUGCAAGUGGUUCGAAAGCCAGUGCACCGAGAGGAAUCUCCAGAUCCCCUUCUUCUUUCACGCAGGUGAAUGCCUAGGCGACGGUGAUAGCACGGACGGUAAUCUCGUCGACGCCAUCCUAUUGAACUCCCGAAGAAUCGGGCACGGCUUCUCCCUUUACAAGCAUCCACUCCUCAUCGAUCUCGUCAAGAAGAAGAAAAUCCUCAUUGAGAUCUGCCCCAUUUCACACGAGGUCCUGCGCCUGACGUCGAAUAUCCUGAUGCACCCCAUGCCAGCUUUGCAAUCGCGAGGUGUCCCUGUCUCCCUGAAUAACGAUGACCCGGCCGUUCUAGGAUACGGGCGAAAUGGUUUAAGCCAUGACUUUUACCAGGUUCUUGCUGCCUUUGAGAACACGGGACUUGCGGGGAUUGCGACUAUGGCAGAAGAUAGCAUUCGAUGGGCCGCUUUUGAGGAUGAGGGAGAAUAUGAGUGGCUUCGGGGACUUGAGGGGGCUGGGACUGGGUUGAAGCCUUCUCAUGUUGCGGAGUGGAGGGCAGAAUUUGAGAAGUGGUGUGAGUGGAUAGUAAAGGAGUUUGGAUCUGAGGACUUGGUCCUUAGGAAUUAGAUAGAUAGAAGGCAAUUUCUUGGUCAAAGGAAAGGCAAUGACCCGGACUAACGAAUAUGUAUAUACAUCUUUAGCGUUGAAGUAAUGCAAAACUGAUACAUGCGACCAGCAAGAUCAAGGAUCGAAAAACAUCAUGAGCAGGCACAGCUUGCUCCGCAUGCUUAGAAGAGUUUCUUGGAAACC